AAAAUGGCGUGUGUUAGGAAGCUCAUAUUGCUUGCGGUAGUUUUGUCCUGUGGCACUGCGGCUUUAUGCGGUGCUAGUUUUUUAAACUACAUACUGUUCCUCUGUGUGCUGCCCGCGCUAUUGCUUGCUUGGACUGAUAAUCCGAAAGGUAACAAGCGGAUUUGCGUGCUUGUUCUUGGAGACAUCGGCCGUAGCCCGCGGAUGACGUAUCACGCGCUGUCAUUGGCUCGGCAUGGGUUUUUUGUGACCCUUGCAGGCUUCCGUGAAUCUGAACCCCAUAGAGAGCUCUUACAUCAUGAAAGAAUAAAUAUUCAGCCAAUUUCUGAAUUUAGAAUGUUUAAAGUUGGCCCACGGAUGUUUCAGUACUUUGUUAAGGUGAUUGUUCAGGCUUUUCAGCUUUUUUACAUAUUACUGAAGAUUGAUCCCCUUUCAUAUAUCAUUCUUCAGAAUCCUCCAGGCUUGCCUAGUAUUGCAGUUACGUGGUUGUUUUGUGUUCUAAGAAGGAGCCAACUCAUAAUUGACUGGCAUAACUAUGGCUAUUCAAUCAUGAGCCUGACAAAUGGACCAAAGCAUCCAAUUGUGCGAAUUGCAAAAUGGUAUGAAUAUGUGUUUGGGCGUCUGUCUGAUUAUAACUUUUGUGUGACUAAUGCAAUGAAGGAUGACUUAAUGGUUAACUGGAACAUCAAAGCUGCUACUCUCUAUGAUAAGCCUGCCUCCAUUUUUCGAGAAACCCCAAUUGAAAUGCAGCACAAAUUAUUCUUGAAUCUUGCAAAGGAGUAUCCACCAUUCAGAUAUCAGUCACAAUCUAAAUGCUCAGGCACUGAAAAAACUGCUUUCACUGAUUUAACCCUGGAAAAUGGUGCUGUUAACUACAACAAGGAGCGCCCUGCAUUAUUAAUCAGUAGUACAAGCUGGACAGAGGAUGAAGACUUUUCAGUAUUACUGAAAGCACUUGAAGAGUAUGAAUUGUAUAUUCGAAAUGGAGCCAAACUUCCAUCACUUGUUUGUGUUAUAACAGGAAAGGGGCCUUUAAAGGAACACUACAGUCGGCUAAUUAAAGAGAUGCAGUUUAAGAACAUCCAGAUUUGCACACCAUGGUUGGAGGCAGAAGAUUAUCCACUUUUAUUGGGAUCGGCUGAUCUGGGAGUGUGUCUCCACAAGUCAUCCAGUGGCCUGGACCUUCCAAUGAAAGUGGUGGAUAUGUUUGGUUGCUGUCUUCCUGUUUGUGCAAUUAAAUUUAAAUGUUUACAUGAACUUGUAAAACAUGAAGAAAAUGGUUUAAUAUUUGAAGAUGCACUUGAGCUUGCUGAACAAUUAAAGGAUAUGUUUAUGGAUUUUACGAGUAAGUCAAGCAAACUUAAUAGAUUUCGACAAAAUCUCUGUGAAUCUGUACAAAUACGCUGGGAUGAAUCCUGGGACCAGAUUGUUCUACCGCUGAUCACAGAAAACUGUAAAACUUAGCUGCGGCAUUGCAUAGAACUGUUACUCUGCCUCCAUGUUUUGGAUGCUGUAAGACUGCAUGCAGAAAACUAGAACCCGCUGAGUUCAAGUGGAAAUCGUAGGUUCUACAGUCAACACAUUACACUGUGAAAGAUCCGAUGAAUGUGUUUCUUCUUGUUACUGGUCACGUGCAUAAAUAUACUGUAUAUUUUUUAUUUGGAUGGUAGUAAUUUAAUAAAAUUAUUCUUGGACCAAA